AUUUGAGGUCAAUUCCAAAUAUUUUCAAUUUCAAAUUUAAUAAAUAGUUUCUUUAAUUAUAAAAUAAUUUAAUUAUCAACAAAUAUAAAUAUGAUACACAGUUUGUUUAUUAUAAAUUCGCAAGGAGAUGUCUUUCUGGAAAAACACUGGAAAAGCGUUAUAUCAAGAUCAGUAUGCGACUACUACUUGGAAGCCCAAAGAGCCAACAUAAAAGACAUAAAUCCCGUAAUAGUUACUCCACAUCACUAUUUAAUAUCCAUCCAACGAUCAGGGGUUAGUUACGUGGCUGUGUGUAUGGAAGAUAUGCCUCCGUUGUUCGUUAUUGAAUUUUUACAUAGGAUUGUAGAUACAUUUCAAGAUUAUUUCUCAGACUGCACAGAAUCUAUAAUCAAAGAAAACUAUGUCAUAGUAUACGAGCUUCUAGAUGAAAUGCUUGACAAUGGCUUUCCAUUGGCCACUGAGAGCAAUAUCCUAAAAGAACUAAUAAAGCCUCCUAAUAUAUUACGUACUAUUGCUAAUACAGUAACAGGGAAAACAAAUAUGAGUGAAGUUUUACCGUCAGGCCAACUAUCCAACAUUCCAUGGAGAAGAACCGGAGUCAAAUACACUAAUAACGAAGCCUAUUUCGAUGUAAUUGAAGAAGUCGAUGCUAUUAUCGAUAAAUCUGGAGCGACAGUUUUUGCUGAAAUACAAGGAUAUAUCGAUUGCUGCAUUAAAUUAAGUGGAAUGCCAGACUUGACACUGUCCUUUAUGAAUCCCAGAUUAUUCGAUGAUGUCAGCUUUCAUCCCUGUGUCCGUUUCAAAAGAUGGGAAGGCGAACGAGUAUUGUCUUUUAUACCCCCCGAUGGUAAUUUCAGAUUAGUUUCCUACCACAUCAACACCCAAAGCAGUGUGGCUAUUCCUGUUUACGUGCGUCACAAUUUGUCCAUCAAAACUGGAGAACAAGCAAGGCUAGAUUUGACCGUUGGACCAAAACAAACUUUAGGCAGAACUAUAGAGGGAGUUAAAAUCGAAGUACUGAUGCCCAAGUGCAUUUUAAAUUGCGUUUUAACUUCGAAUCAAGGCAAAUAUAAUUUCGAUCCUGUUUCUAAAAUAUUGCAUUGGGAUAUUGGGAAAAUUGAUGUUACUAAAUUACCAAAUAUAAGAGGAUCAGUUUCAAUUGCGAGUGGCACCAAUACAGCAGAGAUCAAUCCUUCGAUAAAUGUCCACUUUACAAUUAGCCAGUUGGCAGUAAGCGGACUUAAGGUGAACAGACUGGACAUGUACGGAGAGAAAUACAAGCCUUUUAAAGGAGUGAAAUAUAUGACCAAAGCGGGACGGUUCCAAAUAAGAAUGUAACUGGCUUGGUAAAUGGGAUUUUUUUUAAAAAGUUUGAUUGUGUUACUUAUAUGGGGGUACUAUGUUGCUACCCAUGAUACUAUAAAACUUAUUUAAUGCUGUAAUAAUUAUUUUGUAUGUGCAAUGAUUGAUUUUUAAAUAUAUUUUUUUUAUUAUUUA